CAGGUUUUAAAGUACUGAAAAAAUUAUAUAUUGAUAUAUUAAUAUUUGAAUUAGGCGCGCCUAUCUGCACUCGUCCCUCAUUGUUUUCCUGUUGCGUGAUACCUCAACACGUGUUUUUCACAGUUCUUAGUUUUUUCAUUUUUAGGUUGUUCAACAUGGGAAAAUCAUCUCACAAAUCGAAGAAAAGAAGAAGAUCUUCAUCCUCUGAUCGACUGACGGAGCUAGAAAACAAGGUUGCUCGUUUAAUCGACAUGUUAUUAUAUAGGCAGAGAGAUAUAGUUAAGGCGCCCAGAUCCGCCUCUCCUGCCCCCGUGUCCACUACCUUGCUCCAGGAGGUCCGUCCCUUAAGUACCGAGUCGAAUUCUCCCAUUCAAGGGCCCGACUCGGAGGACAAUACUUUGGCAUCUCCUGCGGAGCCACAUAUAGCCAUAGAUCAUAUUCCUGAAGAGUGUGAUAGGUCUAAGCAAGUCACAAUACAAGACAAUCUGCUGUCCUUGCCUUCUACUGCAAUGGAGGAGAACUCAAAGAAUCUUACGAAGCACUUUUUCGGCACUGAUCUAGACAGUGAAGAGAUCAUUCCCUGGAAUGAGCUGCUUUUACAGAAAUGGCGGACUUAGUCCCGUAGUGGUCUUCUUGCUGAUCAACGUAAGGUUUUGAUAGCUAGAUUCUUUCCGUCGAAGACUGCAUCCUUUCUCAAAUUCCCCACGUUAAAUCAAGAAUGCUGAGUCGCUCUCAAAAACAAUUCUAUUGUUAAAAGAGAUGAUUUUGCCACCAAAAAUCAGGAUCAGGUCGGCGCUGCUCUGUCUGC